AUGGAGAAACUCAAGUUCGGACGGCGCCGACAAAACAACUGUGAUGUGGAAGACGACGAGUUGAUGGGAAAACAAGACGAUAAUGGGUCUGACAGGUCAAAGGGUUCGAAAUUUUCGAGGUUGAUGCGCAGAUCCGGUCUGAAGAAGAAAACGCAACGUGCUAAACGGAAAGAAGCUCAGAAGAAAGCAAAACGGGAAUCAAACGAUGAGGAUGUGGACUCCGAAAAUGAGACGAGCGACUCCUCCAACGCCCAGCAACACUACAAAAAGAAG